AUGUCUGCCGGAUACUUUCCGAAACGCGAAAAGGUUGGCCUUGAAGACCUCUUCAAGGGCCUCGUUACCGCCUGCCACAUCCUACACCACAAUGGCAUCCUCGAUGCGUAUGGGCAUAUCUCUGUGCGGUCGCCAGAUAAUCCUGCAACUUUCUGGAUGCCUUGUAACAUGCCGCCAGCACUAGUCAGCUCACAGGAUGAUCUGGUCGAAUACAACGUUGACGGUGCGGAGGCGGUCGAGAAGAAUGCGAAGCCGGGCUAUCUCGAGAGACACGUCCAUAGUGAGAUAUACAAGAGGUUUCCGGCGAUUAAUUGUGUGGUGCAUAGCCAUGCUGGCGACGUUCUGCCGUAUUGUGUUAGCGGCGUGCCACUGAAGAACACGAUACACAUGGCUGGCUUCUUGGGUACCAACGUGCCAGUCUGGGAUGCCUCAAGCCACUAUCCAUCCGGCUCGAAGCACGACCUCCUCGUCCGCGAUAGUACGCUCGGCUCGUCCCUCGCAGCUGCCUUUAAGCCUGCGACUUCGACCGGCUUCAUAUACUCCAAAGUGCGCUCCGCUCUGCCAACGCAGCUCGGUGGCUCAUCUUCAGAGCCGAAGAUGGAGCCUGACCAUGCCGUUGUCCUGCUACAAGGACAUGGCUUUGCGACUGUCGCACAUGGCAUUGAGGAAGCCGUCUACCAAGCGAUAUACACAAAAGAGGCAGCGAAGGCGCAAACCACGGCCAUGACAGUACUGAACGCACACACAGGGUAUGCGCUCGAGGGCAAAGUCGAUGUACAAGCCGGCGGCAAAAUCAAGUCAGGGCAUGCCAAGGUUGAAGGCGGUAACUUGAAGUACCUAAGCGACACGGAAUGCCACGAUGCCUGGGAAUCGGUUUCAGGCACACUGACAAGGCCGUGGGCGCUUUGGUGCCGAGAAGUAGAGGUCAAUCCGCUGUACAAGAAUGACUGUCCAGGCGGCGAUGACUGA